AUGCCUGAAGGCGUUGGAGCUGGAAGAUCUGGCAGUAAUGCUGGUGCCAUAGGGGGUGUUAACAGCCAAGUGGCCUCAUAUCCAACAUGGAUUGGUUUCAUAUUUAUUUUCAAUUUAAUUGUGGGCACUGGUGCCCUUACCCUACCCGGAGUAUUUGCCAAAGCAGGAUGGCUGUUAUCAUUGAUUGUUAUUAUUCUGUUGGCUGUUAUCUCCUAUAUUACGGUGACAUUUAUCAUUGAGGCAAUGGCAUCGGCAAAUGCUGUCAAAACGUGGCAAAAUUUACAGGUUCUUAAACGUAGUUAUGAUUUUGAUUCCCGUGAAGAUCUCCGCCCAAAUUCGGUGGCAAUUGAAAGUGAAACUGAUGUAGAAACAGAUGAUCCGGCCGCUUCGCUAUUGUCUCAUCAACAACAAAUCGAUGCUACGGCACGUCUGGAACGUAUGCCAAUAUAUGCCCAACAUUCCACACUGCUCUAUUAUAAAUUGGAUGAGAAAUUUGAAUUAGGUGAAAUGGCCACACUGUUCUUCAAUGACAUUGGCCGUGUUCUAUUUUAUUUAUGCAUUUCAAUUUAUUUAUAUGGUGAUUUGAGCAUAUACUCGGCGGCAGUGGCGAAGAGUUUACGUGAUCUGUUUUGUGAUCAUCAAAAUGCCACCACUCCCUCCAAUUACACAUCUCUCGAUUUUGAGCUUGAAUCAUCAUCAUGGAAUUUAUCAGCUGCCAACAAUGAAACCGAUGAGGAUGCCAUUAAGCUGUGUUGGCAAAAUCACACACUGACACGCCUUAAUGUUUAUCGCUUAUUUUUGGUUGGCUUUAUUUGUAUCUUUGGACCAUUUGCUGCAUUUAGUGUACAGAAGACAAAAUAUUUGCAAAUCAUUACGGUGAUAUUCAGAUGGUGUGCUUUCCUCUUCAUGAUCUCAAUUGCCCUGAAAUUGCUCAUAUCGGAUGGUGCUAAAGGCCACCCCGUGUCAAUGAAUAUCUAUGGUAUACCGGCGCUGUUUGGUGCCUGUGUUUAUUCCUUUAUGUGUCAUCAUUCGUUGCCCAGCCUAUUGGCCCCAAUACGUGAUAAAUUGGCCGUGAGUCGUAUUUUGUGUGCAGAUUAUUUGGUGAUUUGUUUAUUUUAUUUGCUAUUGGCAAUGACGGGAAUAUUUGCCUUUGAUCGUUUAGAAGAUUUGUACACUUUGAAUUUUAUCCCCGAUCAAACAGAUGAUCAUAGUUUUGCUGCUGAGCUGCUAGUGGGGAUUGAUUAUUUUUUGGCAUUAUUUCCAGUAUUUACACUGUCGGCCAGUUUUCCCAUCAUAGCCAUUACGCUGAGAAAUAAUUUACAAACCUUAUGUUUAGAUAUGGGUCGUUUUGAAUCGUAUAAUUAUUUUGUACGACGUAUUUUGUUCCCCAUGUUGACGGUAAUACCACCCUUUGCCAUUACCUAUUUUACGGAAAGUUUAACCAGUUUGGUGGCAUUUACUGGCAGUUAUGCCGGGGCUGCAAUCCAAUAUAUUAUACCAAUUGCUUUGGUAUAUUAUGCUCGUAAUACAUGUCGUGAGCUGUUGGGUAGCGGUGUGGUCAAUGAUUUCCAAAGUCCAUUCCGUAGCCCAUAUUGGUUGGUGUUUGUGUUACUAUGGUCGCUGGGUUGCAUUAGUUUGGUAACACUGAAUUUCUUUUUGGAUGUUUCAUCAGCAUGAA